AUGGUAAAGAGGAUGGAGCUCGCAGGAGAACUCUUAAGGAGAUGCAGCGAGUGCAGAGGAGGGCGGGUGGAUGAGCUGUAGCACUGCGCUUUUACUGGUUUCUCUGGUCGGACGCUGGGGGAGGCUUCUCCGUCACAAUUCUGGAUGUUUUUUGGUGGCGGUUGAUGUUACUCCAAACUUUCCAUUGACUCUUGAAAAAAGAAGUUGAUCCUGAUUUGUAAGACUCACGCCGGAGGCCAUGUCCGGCAGCCCAGAGAACAUCCCGCUGGGAGAGUGCACUCUCUCUGAGUCCAAGGACCAGCUGACGCCGCCGAGCCGCACCGAGAGCACCGUGUUCAGCCUCUCCCACAGCGAGUCCCUCUGGACCACCGAGACGGCGGAGAGUAAAUGCGAGGUCUUCUGGUUCCCCAUACACCUCAUGUCCACCGGGGGAAGCUUCCUGGCAUGCGGCCUCAUCAUCAGUGGCCUGUACUUUGCGGGCCACUGCAAGAAGGUCACCAACAUCCUGGGACCGGCUCUGCUGUCCAUCGGUCUGAUGGUUUUCGUGUUGGGCGUGGUCCUGAUCCCCAUCACCAAGGAGAACAGGAAGAGGUCGAACAUAAAGAGGCCUCUGAGCUACUACAGGCCGCCCAAGUUCAAUCUGUGACCACAGAACAGUCGGGGAAUGAUUCCGACUUCAGGAUCUGCGAUGAAUUGAAAUGUAACUUUUCCGUGGUGAUGGUGACAAGUGUUUUUGUUUUAAAAUUUUGCUCUGGAAUCAUCUGUUGUUCAAGUAAUCCUUGGCAUUUUUAGAAACUGACUCUGUUUUCAUUUGAAAACUCCAUGGCAGAGUUUUAUGUUGCGUUCCAGUUGUGUUUUUGGAAGUUGGAAUUUCCAACUCGGAAAGUCAGAGCAACCUCACCGAACCCAACAUGUGAUUCCAAAAUGGCUGCCCCUCAUACCAACACUACUACUUUUAUUGUUAUUUCCACUUUUAUUCACAUUAAGUCACUCGUAAACAAUGGCUGGUAUUACGAACUGUGGCUAGCCCGAGAUACGUUUGUGUCCAUGUUUUUUUCCGACACAAUCGACUCAGAGCUGACAUCACUCCCAGUCCAGACCUCCGACUUCCAAAGUAUAUGGAACACAGCGUUAGUGAGAAUGCUGGAGUUAUUCACGUUAAAUUCCUGAUUGGUUCUUGGUAUCAGCCGCAAUGCGACUUUUGGGCUGUGAACAAAAACCUGCGUUAACGCUCGCUUUCAGUUUCACCACUUCUUCAUCUUUGGUGCAAUAAAUGAUAUGAUAAAUUUCCACGUUUUUCACCAUUGUUUUUUUGUCAAUUGUACUUUCUGUAACUAAGCAACUUAUGAAGCAAAAGCCCAUUGAACCUGAAUGGUUAACGGUGUUGAAAAAACCUAGGUUUAGAUAAAAAGGCCAAUUUUAGUCACACUAAGACAAUAAUUUGGUUUUCUUAAUGUCAUGUAAACGUGUUAGACUAAACGACUAAAUUCGAGCCAGUCUUCGUCGGACUAACAUACCUGAAUAAUGUGAUUCAU